AGAAUGAAAGGGGCAUAGGUGUGUUUCCUUUUUUUAUUUUAGAAUUGCCUGGACCUUUUUUUUUUUUAAACACUGAGGUGACGCCCCCUUUCCUCGAGCUCAUUCCCCACAAACACGAAACACGACAGACAUGGAGCCGUCGGGCGCCGCAGCUGAGAAGUCGGCAGAAGUUGCGGUGAACUUUGUCCACGACGACGCCCUCGUGCCGGAGCCGAAAAGCAGAAUCCCAACGACAGACGAGCACCGCCGCGCGCCUCGAAAUCCGGGUAGCCGACGCAUCACCUUCGUUGACGACGGAAAGCUCUUCGAGGGCCACUUCACCGUACAGUCCACGAACCUCAAGUCCAUCAUUCAGUAUCUGCUCGACCGACAUAGCGAACAGGAUGUAAUUAUACAGGACUUGCAAAAGCAGGUGCACAUGCUGCGGUCGCGCAGCCUCAAGUCAAACAAACGCGGCAGCGUCGCCGCAGGAGCCGAUGCAGCCCUCGUUGGCGGCGCGGGUGCUUCGUCCGAUCUCAAUAAGCGACUGGCGCGCGUAGAGCAAUUUCUCCUACUCUGGGGUGUGCAAGCGAACGAUGUAGCAGAGCUGGUGGAGGAGUACGGCGACCCGGCCAUCACUCCAGACGCGUACAGCUCCUACCUGCUCGACCUGCCAGCCUUCCGUCUCACCCGUCGAGAGACACGGGCACUUAUGCUGAGCGCCAGUCAGCCGUCGGCGGCGAGCGCGAACACGGCGGCGGCGAGCGAUACGGCCAUGCGGCGUCGCAGCAGCUCCGCCAAGCGCGACGCCGCAACGCCUCCUUCCAGCGCGACGACGGCCGCAGCACCUUCGAAGGAGGAGAAGCCCAAGUCGGAGACGCCUGAGCGGCGCAGCAAGAAAACAAAUGACUCCGGCAACUUGGCGGAGGCGACGCUGGAGAAGGCAACGGCGGCGCUGGAGAAGGCGGAGAUGUUGCUGGCGGAGCUACACAACGCCGCCCCGCGAGCACCACCGUCUCGACCCGCACCAAAGUCACGCCGUGCCGAUAAGGCCGCCGCCGCUGGCAGCGGGAGCGGCGUCGCCGUGGACGCGGUGGCACGUGCGGACAUCGAUGAGCUCGGCGACUACGUCAUGCAGCGCUUCGAUGAGCUGGAGACGCGCACGUCGAUGAUGAUUGCCCAUUCCGCCUCCUCCUCUACGGCGCACCACGAGCGCAACGCGCCGCGUCAAGCAGCCGAGCAUGCGCGAGAAGGGGAGAGUACAGGGAAGAAAAACGCUCGCACCUCUCCCGUGCCCCCGCCGCUGCCACGUGCCACCACGACGACAGCAAAAUCGAAUAGUCGUGGCGAUGAAGUCGUGGAUGCCAUAGCGCGUGAAGACGCCGCAGCAUCGCUGGACCUGUUGGAGGAGCUGGAGACCACCAUGGAGCGCCGUUUUAAGGAUCUCAACAGUGCCGUGGCUAACAUCGCCGCUCGCACGGCGACCCUCGCGAAGAACAGCGGUGGAGGCGGGGACGCAGAGAAGUCGCAGUCCCGCACCGGCUCUCGCGGGGCGGCCGGAAAGGACAGCGAGAGAAAGGGUAAGGAGCAGAGUGCCGCGGCGGAGGAGAACGCUGACGGCGGAGACAGCUGGGCGCCGCUGAUCAACUCACGCACGACGUCACCGUCGUCGAAGAAGGCGAUCAACACGCCGAGUCGAAAGGGCCACCAAGAUGCCAACGACACGGGCCCGCUCAUUCCGGUGCUGCCCGCUACCGCUCCCACCAACUUUGUGGACCAAACCGCACGCGACGACACGUACGCCCUCGCUGACCGGGUAGGCGAGCUCGAGGAGGAGCUGCUCGAUCGUUGGCAAGCAAUGGAAGAGCGGCUGCGCAUCAUCGGCCGUGCAGCCAUGAAGCAGGGUGUCCCCAACGCCGCUGGGGGCGGUGUGGGAGCUGCGUCGAUGGGGCGCUCGUCAGCGGUGGACCGCAAAGCACGCGAAGACGCGGCGCUGUCGCUCAUGCGGCUGCAGAUGGUCGAGAAGGAGCUGGCGCAGCUGAAACGGCAGCUGGCGUCGGCCGCAGCCAACAGUAGCAGCGCGGAGGCGCGCUCCGCAGUUGACGGCGGCGAUAACCAAACAUCACUCCCGCUUGUCAUGGCGCCAUCUGCGCCACUGCGGGACACUUAUGGCAGCAAGGUCGCCGAUCUCGAGAGGGAUGUCGAGCAGCGCAUGGCGGAGGUGAACUUUGCCAUUGCGCAGCUGCGAGGGGUCGGCAACGCCUCGCCGCUGACGCUCAGUCCGCAGAAGGGGGACAAGGCGAAGGCGGCAGUGGCACCAGUGCAGCCCUCAGAGACGAGUCCGCAGUCCUCGACUGCUGCUACUGCGGCUCCCACAACUCCGAGUCAGCUGACGCUGCGGGCAGAGGAUGACGACGCACUGGCAAAGGUGCCCACGGAACGCUCAUCGGCGUCGCCAAACGAGGCAGAAGGCCGCCGUCGUGCUGUCCUCCAGUCCAUGUUGGAACUCGGCUACGACAUCGACGGUGACGCGAACCUCUUUGCUGACUUUCCGCGGACGAGUGUGGUGGGGGCCGGUGGGCGGCGCACCACCAUCAGCCGCCUGCGCUCUCCAGACGUGCCACCGUUCGGCUCGCACCUUGUUCAACGAGAGGUGGUCGAUGUUCCUCUUGUAGACGUCACACAGGCGACAGCGGACGACACCGCCGCGCAGGGGGAGGCGCCAACGGCGGCCACGCAAGUGCAGGCGGCUCGACGCGUCAGCAACGUCAACGGCGGCUUCGCGCGUGUGGACGGCCAGGCGCUUUCCACGUCUCCUCCACAAAACUCAAAAGUGGAGGCUCGUGGCACGGCACGCGUGAGUGUCUUAUAA